CUGCCUCUGGGGCAUUGCCAAAGUUUUCUGGUUAUUAGUUGUCAUUUAGAACCAGUCCCGUGAGGAUGAAACCAAUCCUGAUCGGUGGGUCUCGUCGUCGUGUUUGCCCCAUUAUCAUCGGUGGUGGGAGAAAGUGAAAGUGACCUACUUUCCCUGGUGGAGGAUAUGGCCGUUUUCUUUGGAUAGUUUCGUUGAACUAUCUGGAGCCAAAACGCCCUAAAUUAUGUGCCGAAGUGAUCGAUUAAUGUCUAUUGAUUGAAUAGUGUUCAUUUUCUUCAAUUCUAAAAACGACCCUUAUUGUGUAAUCACAAUAGGAACAUAAUUCAACCGAAAGAAAAUGAAUACCACAAAAUGGCUACCGAAGCAGCACCACGAGGUGGUCAAGCUGUUUGACCAAACGCGGGCCCUGGAGCGGGAAUUCCGGGUUUUGGGAAAGAAAUUCGCCACGGAUGUGAAUCUGGACCUACCGGAUUACUAUGAAUUCGAACGGUUGCUACAACAAAGUCGACAAGGGUUCGAACUUUCAGCACACAUACAGAUGCGGCUGAUCCGAAUGUCUGCCUCAUCGGCGGACAAGAACGUCGAGAGGAGCUGUUUUAAGAUCCUGCUGAACAGGAAGGCCCAUCUGGUGAGGACGAAUUUGAGGAAGAGACACUUUCAGCUGUUCUUCAUCAUGAACAAGAUGGUGAAGCUGAUGCUGGGACUGCGCUACAGUUCGGAGAUGGUCAUCGAUGGAGCGAUGUUGCUUUCGACGCUUCACAACGAGAGUGUUGCGCUGGCGUUGAAGACAACCAAAGCCAGGACCCAGGAUGGUUCGCAGAUCUGCAGCAAUACCUUUCCGGCGCUCAUGUGUGCCGCGAAAAAGUUGGACAUUGCCACAAUACUUCAGAUUGUAACAAAGCAGCGUUCGGAGCAAUGCUGCGCUACGCUGAUUAACUGCCUGCUGGUGACCUGCAAGGGGGCAACGACUACUGCGAUGGACGAUGACGUUUCGGAUUCGUCAAGCAUCGAGAUACUGCGAACACUCACGGCAAACUUCCACGAAGGCAAUCGGAUGCUGGAUCCAUACUUUGAAGACCCGGCAAAGAGCCAGAAAAGACAGAAGGGACAGGUUGAGGUGAACGCAAUCGCCAGCGGAGAAAUGCGUCAGGCACCGGUGUCCAAACCAGCUACCCUAACUCCCAUCGUCAAGCCCGAGUCCCGCGAACCAGAUGAGUCCGAAUACAAUGAUCCUGCCAUCAACUUUUUCGACGAAAUGGCUGCAGAAGCAACGGCCUAUAACUCCAUCAACUAUUUGGUGAACGAACCGGAAGGAAUCGAUCUGCUGGAGAAUCUGAUUACCGAUGAGGAAAUUUUCAUUGCCAAUAUCUUGAUGAAGGUGAUUAAGCUUUGUCCGUCGGCUUUCGACAAAGAGCUCACGAAAACGGAGCUCAUCAAGUGGGUCAACCGGGGUACCAGGGGUCUGUGGACUCAGGUCGGUGGAACGCUGGAGCACGUGGUCCUGUGGUGGAGUAGUUCCCCGUUGGCCUGUAGGCCGGCGGCUUGCGCCAAAUAUCUACGUGACUGGUUAUCGAUGAUCACAGCUGAGGAUGCCCCGGAGCCGAUUUUGUCGAUGUUGAAGGGUUUGGGGGAGACGCUUACGGUUCACGUUACUAGUACCAUCUGGGAUCGACAAUUUAGGUUGACUCUGGUCGCCUCCAGCUUGCCGGUCGAUUAUCCCUUCGAGGAGUCCGAGUUUUUCAACUCUAGCAUGACGGUCGAGGGCACGGUUUGUGGAAAAGUGUGGAGUGAGCUUCUCUACCAGCUGGUUCAAAUGUCCAACACCUGUGAUAUCGGAACGAUACCCAAUGAGCUGCCUUUGGUAGAACAGAUUCCGGUGCUUCAUCGACUUGAUCAUUCGAUCCACACGAUGCGAAUCUGGGCCACCAAUAAGGCACGAUCCCUAUGCACGGACUGGAACAUGAUGAUGUUUUUCAAAGUGGUCCACAGUGACAUCGGCCUCUGUCUGGAGCAGCUACACUACCUGAGAGUGCCGGAACUGGUAUCUCCUAACGCCCUCGAAGUCCAGGUCCAGGUGUGCGUCACUAUGCGAGCCAAACUGGUGUCCGAGAUCAUAGAAAACAUCAACAAGCUUAAACAGGCCGCCACCGAGUGUAUUGACGUAUUGGCGGCCGUCUGUCGAACCACGAGCUUGGCCUCGCUCACCCUAUGCUUCCCACAUAUGCGGCACUGGCAGUCGGAACAGCCCCAGGAAUCUGCCAACGAAUACGUCGCCUAUUUCUUCAACCAGGUCUAUCUUCCGGUGAUAGAAGCAACCAAAGACAAAGAAAUCCUUAAGCUAACCCUAAAAAUUAUCUGCGAAGCCUGGUUGGAUCACAUUUACAUGAAGAAAACUAGAUUCAGCACCACGGGAGCCUUAAAUUUACUAAAGGAUUUCGACGGAGUAGCCGUCUGGAUUCUCAAAUGUAAAACCCUGGACGCUAAGCUUAAAGAUAUCCUGGCGACGCACGAAGCUUUGCGAAUGUGCGAAGGCGUAGGCAAGCUGCUGCUGCGCAAGCCCGAUGAAACCAUCUCGAUCGCACCGAGUCCGAAGGCCGUCCGAAAGGCCGAAGAAACGGGUGACGAUGAGAAAGCUCCGCUGCCGCCGGAGAUGUUCGUUCCGAACCAGAAGCGCUGGCUGGAGCUGAGGGCCCGCGAUAAGAAGGCCAUCAAUCUCAACUGUGGAUGCCUGUGUGCCGGAAUGGACGUUUAUUGAUAGAAAGAGAAACGCGCGUAUUUAGGGAGUUGUUGUUUGCAUUUGUAGAUUGAUGUUCAACUACCUACAUACUUUUACCAAACCGGUUUCCAGAACGAAUUUUAUUACCUUAUUACCUUAUGCUUCCGGUUUUAUUAACAGAUAAACAUAAUUAGUAAUUACCCGUUAAGGUUCAAUACACUGUUGAGAGCGAAAAUGUGUUGAGAAUUUCAAUUGAA